ACGAGACGCACUGGUCGCAGUGGUCGCACUGUCCGACAAGUUUAAGAAGAAAAUGUUUAUGUUUUGGCAUUAGAUACAGUUAUCUUUGUGGUAUCAUAAAAAUUAAAAACGACUAAUUGUGAAACAUGUAUGCCGGUAAAUUAAAGACAGAUUCAAACAUAGCAUGGCAUCGUCCGCAAUCGUCGCCGUACCGCGUCGAGGAGGAGUUGAUGCAGAAGAGCGCACGAGCGCUCAGCACGAUCACUGACCCUCUGGAGAGACUGCGUCUGCUGUGCCUCACACGCGGCGCGUCAGGAAUUAUGGAACUGGGCAGGAUUUUCCGAAAAAUGGAUGACGACGGAAGAAAACAACUUAACAGGGAAGAGUUUUUAACGGGCAUCAAAAACACUGGACUGGACAUAAGCCACGAGGAUGCAGAGAAAUUGUUUGCUCACUUCGACACAGACGACAGCGGUUCUAUUAGUGUCGAUGAAUUCGUCAAACAGAUUCGUCCUCCGAUGUCUGAAGGUCGCCAUGCUGUAAUCGAUCGGGCGUUCAGGAAACUGGAUAAACAUGGAGCAGGGGUCAUUGCCACAGAAGAUCUUCGUGGCGUUUACUCGGUCACUGCAAACCCGAGGUACAAGAGUGGUGAAGAGACCGAAGAACUGCUCAUGACCAAAUUCCUAGCUAACUUUGAGCACGAGGGCACCGUUGGUGGCAAGGUAACGCUUGAAGAGUUCAUGAACUACUACAGCGGCAUCAGCGUGUCCAUCGACAACGACUGCUACUUUGAUCUCUUAAUGCGGCAGGCCUACAAUCUCUAGAUAUCAGGCCCUGAAGGCCCUAGAAUACCAGGCCGAACGUCGCCAAGACACAACUGUGAUUUCAUGACACGCCGAUUUUUCUCGUAUUUAUGCGCACACGCACACAUUUACAACUCGAGCUGAGCGGUCAUUGGCGCAAACCCAAGUGUGUGCGAAUUCGGCGUGUCAUGAUUCAUGAAGUCACAACUCCGUUUUAGCGACGUGGUGUCCUUGCAUCUUUCGUCCAUGGCCUGAAGUCUUUGUUUGCCAAAUGUUUAAUACCAUUUGGACAAGCAGGACAGCACAUACACGCAUAAUUUAAGGCUUUUGUCGAGCACUCAGUCACUAUGCUUUAUUCAUGAUAUUAUUAGUGGUAAAAAUGUGUAUUUAAUAGAUUAACGAUGUUUGAAACAUGCUAUGUUUCCUAUUAAUUAAAUACCUAUUUUAAUUGUAA